AUGGCAGAGCAGAAGGACAGUGUCGCUCAUGUCGCUCAUGUCGCGACUACUGAUGCCCCUAUCAAGCAGCAUGGCGACCAUAACGCGCUCGAGAGUGCCCAUAUGGAGCAUAUCAACCUGAACAACAACCUUUCUGCCAAGAUCAAAAAUCCUCUGGCGGAUCUCACCCCCUCUCAGGUCAUUGGCGACGUGGAAGAAUUCUCCCGGGAGUAUGAUCUUCAAGACAUCCUCCCGGACUUGAAGAAGGGUGCCCUCAUCGCGCGUGAUCCUGACAACUUCGAGUCGGUUCCUGAGAUAACUGAGGCCGAGAUCAGCACCAUUCGUGAUGAGACUGAUCAUAAAUGGCGUCAGCCUCGUUCUCUUUACUUCACAAUCAUUCUUUGCUCCGUUGGCGCCGCUGUCCAGGGUUGGGAUCAAACUGGAAGUAACGGUGCCAAUCUUUCCUUCCCCUACGCUCUUGGUAUCCCUGAUGGCGACAAGCUCUUGGACGGCUCUGUCAAUCCCGACGCCGAACGGAACCAGUGGUUGGUCGGUGUGGUGAAUGCUGGUCCAUAUAUUGCUAGUGCUGCUCUCGGUUGCUGGUUGUCCGACCCUGUCAACUCGUACCUUGGCCGUCGCGGUGCAAUCUUCCUGUCCUCCAUCUUCUGCGUUCUAUCUCCCAUUGGCACUGCUGUCAGCCAGACCUGGCCCCAGCUUUUCGUGACUCGUCUCCUCCUCGGUAUUGGUAUGGGUCUGAAGGCGUCCACUGUCCCCAUCUUCUGUGCAGAGAACACUCCUGCGGUCAUCCGUGGAGGCUUGGUCAUGUGUUGGCAACUGUGGACCGCCUUUGGCAUCUUCCUUGGAUUCUCCGCCAACUUGGCUGUCAAGGACACGGGUAAAAUUGCCUGGCGGUUGCAGUUCGGCUCGGCGUUCAUCCCUGCUAUUCCUCUUCUUGUGGGCGUCUACUUCUGCCCCGAGUCGCCUCGUUGGUACAUCAAGAAAGGAAACAUGAGGCGCGCCUUCAACUCUCUCUGCCGGCUGCGCAACACGAAGCUGCAAGCUGCUCGAGACCUGUUCUCCAUCUAUUCGCAGAUCAAGGUUGAACAAGAAAUCGCUGGAAAUGGCACCUACGUCACUCGCUUCAUCGAGUUGUUCACCAUUCCACGUGUCCGUCGCGCGACUCUCGCUUCCUUCGUUGUCAUGAUUGCGCAACAGAUGUGUGGCAUCAACAUCGUCGCUUUCUACUCGUCCACUGUCUUCGCGGAGGCAGGUGCCAGUCCAACCGGGGCCCUCUUUGCCUCCUGGGGUUUCGGACUGGUUAACUUCCUUUUCGCGUUCCCCGCUGUGAUCACCAUUGACACUUUCGGACGUCGAAGCCUGCUUCUUUUCACUUUCCCCCAGAUGGCGUGGACUCUCCUCGCAGCAGCUUUCUGCUUCCUCAUCCCCGAGGAGUCCAAAGCCCAUCUCCCAUGCAUUGCGCUCUUCGUCUUCAUGUUUGGAGCAUUCUAUUCGCCAGGCGAAGGUCCAGUUCCCUUUACUUAUUCGGCAGAGGUGUUCCCUCUGUCGCACCGCGAGGUUGGAAUGUCGUGGGCUGUUGCGACUUGUCUCGGAUGGGCUGCAGUCUUGUCCAUCACCUUCCCUCGCAUGCUCCAUGUGAUGACUCCCACUGGCGCCUUUUGCUUCUAUGCUGGUCUGAAUGUGACAGCAUUGAUCAUGAUUUUCCUGUGGGUGCCCGAGACCAAGCAACGCACUCUGGAGGAACUCGAUUACAUCUUUGCGGUGCCCACGCGAGUGCAUAUGCGCUACCAGUGCUUCACGGUGCUCCCUUGGUGGGUCCAGCGCUACAUCUUCCGCCGCAAAGUCGAAUGCCCCCCUCUGUACAGAUUCGACACGGCCCCUCAUGACGAGAAGUUGGAAGGCCGCGAAUUGGGCGGACCUAUCGCGCCUAGAACUCAGACGUAG